UUGGCCGCGUUCGACGCCUCCUCCAGCCACUUAGCGUUAGAUUCGUUUCUUCUGCCACAGCGAAUGGCACAAUUCACUCGCGGCGAUCGGUGUAUACACGCUUAGUUCUGUGAAUAUUUACUCGCAGGAAUGCAGUCACCUACUAGGAGAACCUUUCACGACCGAACCAUCGAAUUUCCUUAGGGGUCUGCGCAAGUAACCGAGAGCGUGCAUCAAAACUGACUAUAAGCUAUUUAAAUAAUGUUGUGAAAUAUAAUAAGUGAAAUGAUACGAGAGUGACCUUAACUUCAGCUGCAACGAUAUCCCUCGAGGCGAGAACAGAGCAGCUGUUGGCAUUGCAUCCGUAUAUUCAAAAUACGGGCGCUGGAUUUGGAUGUGUAAAUAUUUCAGCGGCUAAUUGUCAAACGAGGCGCACCGUAGCAGAUCCGAAUAGGUGAAACAUCGCGGCACCAUUCGCAGAAUACAGAAUCACGAUGUGGAUGCGAUACGCCCUACACGCGUCAAUUUUGUAAAUGUUGUACACGCUCUGUAGCGCGGCCUUGCCAACAGCUGUGCUAGGUGGCUUCUUCAAUGAGGAUGCGUUUAUGCGUCGCUCGUUCUUGCUGGCAGUGAACCCGAUCAACGAGUGCACGUACGACUAUGAGAUUUGCGAGGUCAUCCACAAAACUGACGACGGCGUCGACUUGAGCCUCUAUCAUCGGGUUGCAAUCGAGGCGAAGGCCGUUCAAGUUGGCGACGACUUGAUUUACAUCUACAAAAAGUUUGGUCAAAUGGCAGACACCAAUGGUUCUAUGUCGGGGGCCGAGGGGCUCGGCUUGUCCUCCGUGAUAGGACCCCACGAGCGCAUCGCAUCAAUCUACACGCAAGGGCUGUGCGCGCUGCACGACGUACCGCACAUUGUCAUCAGGCGCGAGAGCAGGUCGACGCCCGGUCCCGUGAAACCGAUCAAUCUCUACCCGGACACGAACGCGCUCGCCGCCGUGACCACUCGCUUCUCCUGUUUCAGAAUCAUCUCCGAAAAUCAGUCGUCUAUCCUUUUUGUCGGCCAGGUAUACGCGCAGAUGAUCAAGAGGAUGAAGUGGGAGUCUUUCUCGAUAUUGUACGAGGACACGGACGGCCUGAUAGCUCUCCAGGACGUCCUGAAAGUCUAUCCGAUGCGUCCUCCGUACACCCACGACAUUCGAGCUUUCAAAUUAGGCAGCGGACCAAAUUUUAGUGAGCCACUAUUGGCUGCAAAAUUUUCCGGGCACAAAAGCUUCCUUCUGGACUGUGACUAUGAUAUCCUUUUCAAUGUCAUGAGACAAGCGCAAGAAGUGGGUUUGAUGUCCGAUGCAUACAGAUAUAUCGUUACAUCUUUGAAUUUUCAGGUAAUAGAAUCAUGGCCAUUCAGGUACACUGGGGCAAAAAUCAGCGGUCUGCGAUUAGUCGAUCCAGAUAAUCCAUUCGUCUCGAGCUUCGUGGGUACUCAUUUGUAUGACUUCGGAAUAGAGUCGGUGGACAAACUACGAGUCGAGGAUGCUUUGAUGUUCGACGCUGUAGCAUUGUUCGCUCAAGGCUACAAAGACUUCAUUUACGCCAAGCCGGUGCGCGGUGGUGAUGCUAAAUUACCUAAGCAUGUCCACCGCUCUCGUCCUUGGGUACAUGGAAUUAGCUUAAGAAAUUACAUGUUAUCGGUAAGUAAGUAUAUACAAAAACUUCGUUAAGAGCGACAAUAUUAAAAGGUCCAUACAAGGAAUUUUCAUUUGAUCAUAAACCAAUAAAAUCUUCACACCAUUUGCCACGAGCAAUUUAUUUAGUUCAGAAGCUUAUUUAGAAGUUUAUUUUUUCUAUAC